UAUCAAAACAGAGCAGCUGAAAAACACUGCGGAUUGCUGCAGUGCUGCUCCUGUUUCCUCUGAUAAAUCCUCUCCUCCUCCUCUAACUGCGGAUUUUCCCCCAUUAUUUUAAUCCUUCAUCCUGAGGGGAGGAUCUCUGCGCAUGACAGCCUGUGGGAGGACAGCUGCUGCGGACCGAGGGUUGCCCUUGACUAGGGGAGGAGCUGGAGAGGACAGCGGGGGCCCCCAUCUCGCCCAGCACUGAUGGAUGGGACAUUGUGACGGAGCUGGACCGCCGGGGGAUGCUGGCCGGGCCCCGCAGAGGGACUUCAUCUCAGCCGGCCGUGGAGCAGCAGCAAAGGGGGAUCUGCUGGGAGCCCCGGUGAGGGAAGCCUAAAUGUUCUCCACCUUAGGAUUAGAUUGUGUCAGAAGGCAAGUGUGCAUGAGCAGAUAAACAAAGCCAGCCCAGACUGAGGUGUCUGCACUGCAGAUAAGCAGAAGCUGCAUCAUUUCUUUCUGUAUUGUUGUUCUAAUGUGGGCCUCCAGUUCUUAUUGAUUGUCCAGACUGGUGAUAACCAUCAUGGCAUCAGUGACUGAACUCUGACUGUGAUCUUGCACUGUGAGGUUUUUAGGCUUUGUUAGAAAUAAUGGCUGAGCAUGAGGAGGCAGAGUUGUCGGAGUCUCUUAGGAACGAGGAUGGAUUCUCCAGUGAACCAGAAGAGCCGGGUACCAAUUUCAAAUCCAAAAGUUUGCCGGUCUUAAAUGAAGCAGCUCCCCAGGAGAAAACUUUACUGGACAGCUCCACAUGUAUGUCCAUAACAGCUGAGGAGAGCUCAGAGUUCAUCCGGCUGCCCAAAAAGAAAGAAUCUUUCCAGUCGGAGUCCCCAGUGAGAUCCGGCUACCUGACAAAGCCUGGGAAGUCAUCUCUGAACAGGCCGAGCUCCUACAUGGAAAACACGGAGAUCCGUAGGAGUAAAACCUUGGUCAGUAGGAACCCCCCGAACUUUUUCACGUCCAGACUCGCUCAGAUCCGCCUGCCGAGCAGGAAGUACCUGAGCCUCAUCCUGCAGGACUCUCGCUGCUUCCUGUUCUGCAUGUGUUACCUGACUUUCAUCCAAUCUCUCAUGGUGUCCGGCUACCUCAGCAGCGUCAUCACCACCAUAGAGAAGAGGUACAGCCUGAGGAGCUCAGAAUCAGGCCUCCUGGUCAGCUGCUUUGACAUCGGAAGCCUCCUGGUGGUGGUCUUCAUCAGCUACUUUGGUGGAAGGGGUCAGAGGCCUCGCUGGCUGGCGGUUGGUGGGAUCUUCAUCGCUGUGGGCGCCGCUCUCUUCUCCUUACCUCACUUCAUCUCCCCGGCCUACCAAAUCCAGGAACUCAACUCAUCCUCUGCUAACGAAGGCCUGUGUCUGAACAGCAACGCCAGCGGCAGGGAUCGAGUGGACAUCACUUCCUGUCCCAGGGACCAGGAUGGCAACGAACAUCGGCUGUAUGUGGCGUUGUUUGUCAUCGCACAGAUCCUGGUGGGAAUGGGCUCCACGCCCAUCUACACACUGGGACCCACAUACCUGGAUGACAACGUCAAGAAGGAGAACGCCUCGCUCUAUCUGGCCAUCAUGUAUGUAAUGGGAGCACUGGGCCCAGCAGCUGGUUACCUCCUGGGAGGAGUCCUCAUUGGUUUCUACGUCGACCCCAAGACCGUGGUCAACAUCGACCAGAGCGAUCCUCGCUUCAUCGGCAACUGGUGGAGCGGGUUCCUGCUGUGUGCAGUGGCCAUGCUGCUGGUGAUAUUCCCCAUGUUCACUUUCCCCAAGAAGCUCCCUCCUCGACACAAGAAGAAGAAAAGGAGGAAAAAGCUGAGCCUGGACGACAUGUCCAGCGACGAUGACGUGCUGAAGGAGAAGAGCAACAACAGCAAGCACCAGACGGUCACAUCGUCCAUGGGCUUCGGCAAGGACAUCCAAGACCUCCCUAAAGCUGCAGUGAGGAUCCUCAGCAAUGUCACCUUCCUCUUCGUCAGCUUGUCCUACACGGCAGAGAGCGCCAUCGUCACCGCGUUCAUCACCUUCAUCCCUAAGUUCAUAGAGUCCCAGUUCGGGAUCCCGGCCUCCAGUGCCAGCAUCUACACUGGUGUGAUCAUCGUGCCCAGUGCCGGCGUGGGCAUUGUACUUGGCGGCUACAUCAUUAAGAAGCUGAAGUUGGGGGCUCGGGAGUCGGCCAAGCUGGCGAUGAUCUGCAGCGGGGUGUCACUUCUCUGCUUCUCCACGCUCUUCAUCGUGGGCUGUGAAAGCAUCAACCUCGGAGGGAUCAACAUCCCCUACACCACCGGGCCGACUCUCACCAUGACUCAGAGGAACCUGACAGGAGGCUGUAACGUGAACUGUGGAUGUAAGAUCCACGAGUACGCUCCGGUCUGUGGCUCCGAUGGGAUCACCUACUUCAACCCCUGCCUGGCCGGCUGCAGCAGCGUGGCCAACGACAGCAACGGGAUCCGGAACUACUCAGACUGCGCCUGCGUCCAGAGCCGGCAGGUCAUAACGCCGCCGUCCAGCGGUCAGGGCAGCAACCAGCUGCAGCUCGUCAUCGUCAAAACCUACCUGAACGAGAACGGCUAUGCCGUGUCAGGGAAGUGCGAUCGCACCUGCAAUACCCUCAUCCCGUUCCUCAUCUUCCUCUUCAUUGUCACGCUCAUCACCGCCUGCGCCCAGCCCUCUGCUAUCAUCGUCACCCUCAGGUCUGUUGCAGAGCAGGAAAGGCCUUUUGCUUUAGGGAUGCAGUUUGUUCUCCUCAGAACUCUAGCUUACAUCCCAACACCAAUCUACUUUGGUGCGGUCAUUGACACCACCUGCAUGCUGUGGCAGCAGGACUGCGGCGUCCACGGCUCCUGCUGGGAAUAUGACGUCACCUCCUUGAGGUUUGUCUACUUCGGCUUGGCCGCCAGCCUCAAGUUCCUCGGCUUCCUCUUCAUUUUCCUCACCUGGUACUCCAUCAAGUACAAGGAGGAGCGGGUGGAGCGCUGGCUCAAACGGCAUCUGUCGCCCGUGGACACCGUCGGGAGUCUCGUGUGCCACCCGGGGGGCCAUAAGGGCCACGCCCGCACCCGCUCCUGUCCCGUCAACAUCCCACGCACCGACCACGCUAUGCCUCACAUUAACGGCCCUCUGCGCGCUGGCGCCCUUAACCGAGGUGUUAGUACACAGAGUUGUCCUGGCAAUGAGCUUAAAGCAAUAACUCCUCCCCCUCCUCCGGCAGGUUCGCCUGCAGCAGCCGCCUCCACUCCCGCUCCAGCUCGCUCGCUGGAACACGUUUCAGUCAGAGUUUAAAUCCUUGAAACUCAGCCCAGAACCGUUUUUUGGCCCAUGACUCCCCUGUCUUGGUCAGAACCCAUCCAGAGGCCCAGAUUUAUUCAAAUGUUGGGCAGACCAGAGAGCUCAGAGAGCUUUAUGUGAGGAAAAAAAAAAAGAGAGAGAGAGAGAGAGAAAUCUGCUUGAGAGGUUUUCUUUGUGAUGCAGCAGCUGGUGCAUUGAGCAGAGAAAAGCUCCCGUCUGGAUGGAUGGUAGUUCACUGAUCAUAAAUCCCACCCACACCCCGGCUACAUGUGCCUUCUGUCACUUCAGCCCUCACAUGUGCAGAACAACCAGAAAUCAGCCCGACAGACUAGAAGACUCUCCUGAAUGGAUACCUCAGCUUCCCCCUAACAUCUGCGUACUACUUCUUCUUCAUUUUCUGUUUUUCUGUCUUCACCGUCACGCAAGCAAUGUUUGUCCUCUUCAGAACAAAAAUUAUUUAAAAAAAAGAAACAAAAAAAAAACUCCUGGAAAUGUGAUACAGGAUGAUUUAGUGUCAGGAACUGGAAACCGAUGGCAUGGUGCUAUGUGAAAACAGUGUUUAGAGUCCAGGUUUUCUCUCUUGUAUGUUUUAACAGUCUAAAUGCAGCUUGCAGGUCAGCAGGCCGAGCAGAAGAACAGGUUUCUGUCCAGUGGAAGGCCUUUUGUUGUUCCCUCUAAGGGGAGGAACCACUAGUGGUCUGGUUUCCUCUUUGCCAGCUCUGUCCAUUGCAUCCAUACAUCUCAGCAGUGUUGCACAACCCACUAAGCUGCUCAUUCUGAGCAGAAUAGGAUCAGCAUCUGUCCUCCUGACUACAAUCCUGGAGAAAUGAGCCACCUGCAGUCUGUUGAUUGAGGAAAGGAAGAAAGCUAGAAGGACAUUACUAAGAUAUUCUAUUGAUAACAGAAACAUUUUUACUGAAAACAAGCAGCUGAGCGCCAUGAAGCGGUCCUGAUGAAGUUAUCUCCUCAUUAUCAGCAGUGAAAGGAGUACGCUGUCUAAAUAUGCAGGCUGAGAGCUUUCCUUCCCUCCAUAAUGGCAGUUACAUUUUUUUUAGUCUCUAUUGAUCUUCCUUUUGGAAAAAAUGAGAUAAAUUCUCAGUAUCACACUUUGUGAUACUGUUCACUACAGUCUCACACAGAAUGAUCUCCGCUCUUAUCAGUCAAAAGCAGCUGGAUCGAAGUAACAGAAAAAAAACCUCUCAGUCUGAAAAUCAUUUAUGAUGCUCCUAUCCUCUUAGUGCUCGCAAACAAGGUUUAUCCACACUAAGUUGCUCUGCUGCAAGUCUGAACAGGUUUGAUUUCCGCUUGAGGAAAAAUUCCUGCAGAUCUUCUCUGUCUAAGAUUUCCGCAGAAUCGCUUAGAAUGCAAUCUAAAAAGUAUGAAAUUAAAUUAAAAUGGUCAUUAUUUAGGCACAUUAGGUGAGCAACAACUUUAUUGCCCCUAGCAAGUAGCAGAGAUAGCUGUGGCGCAAUUUGGAGGUGUGUUAAAUCUCAAUUUUAAAAACUUAGCUAGAAUAUAAACCUUAGAGAAUAAUGCUUUAUCUUUUAUAGUUGAGCCUUUAUUUGUUUAAUAACCUUAAUUAGUAUAUAUUUUUUUAAUCUAGCUGAUCAAUUAGUAUUUGCUUAGCGGUUGUUUCGUUGAUAAAUAUUUAGAUGAAUAAGGCCUAUAUAGAGCACUGGAUGGGGUUACGCAAUUUUAUAUGAGUGUCCGAAUGUCGAGUGGAUGAAAAAGUAGUGAACUCAAGAUUUCCUACGAUGCGUCUUGAAAAGUAGUUUCAUCCAUGGUCACUAGAGGAGCAGAUAUAUCUCAAAAGGCUUUGCAAGAGCUCUCCUUACAAAGCAUAAUGGGAUUUAUUUUCUGGGUGAGAGAGAACAAAGAUGGUGCAGGCAAGGUGCGGGGAGACAGAGUCACGUGACCAAUAGGGAGCGAAAACUCGUGGUCAUUUCAUCUGUUAGCUGAGUGCGCUAUAAAGCCCACUAUAUAGUCUCUGCUCUAUAUAGUGAUGGAGGGGUUAGGGCGGACGUUCAGACACAGCUAUAAUCUCAUGCAGUACUUUUAGAGGUUAAAUGGUAAGAUUUUCAAAAAAGGAAAAGAUUUGUUGAAACAGUCCCGAUAUGCAGGAGUACUGUAUGCAUAGCAUACUGUUUUAUAAUCACAUUUGUGACAAUUCAAAAUAAGUGCUUCUCAAACAGGUUCGAGAAACUGCUCAAAUAAGAAGAAGCUGUUGCUUUUUUCUUGUUUUGUGUAUCAUUAGGCCCGCAAGGACAGAUGUACUACGAUUAUUCCCAGAAUAAUUUCCCAUCAGUUAUGUGAUGUAGCUGCAGCGCCAAGAUCAUUGUAGGGUAGGGCCAUACAAUGAUCUGAGGUAGGGCCAAACAUCAAACUGAAAACAGCGCCACCCAGUAUUUAUUUCAAAGAGUACUAGAAACUCUUUUGAUGCAGUAUGCUAAAAGACUAAAAUAAGGCGAGCAUUGUCAUUAACCAAUAAAACCUUAAAAACCAUUACCCACUUAAAAUAAUUGGGCCUAACACUAAAUGAUACACUAAAAUGUAAAAUUGUAAAGGGUCAUGAAUAAGACCAGAAACACAGAGGCAGAGUUUGGAGCAUCUGUGUGUAUUCUUCUUCUUCUUCCAGCUGCUGUAGUGAGCAUCCCGUACGGGAUGAUGGUUUGCCACAAACCAAUUCUCUCGACAGUGAAGUAAAACUCAGGGCAGUCCCCUGUCCACACCACACACAAGUUUGCAAACUGCAGCAGCUGGCACAUUGUGCCAGGUUAGUGAAGUGUCACUAAUGCCCAUGGGCAGAGAAACUCUUCCAAACGGUUGUGAGGAUCGUCGUAGCCUGGCUUCACCCCGUCUCUCAUGCAGCUGCAUCUGCUGCUCAGUGUUGUCUCCACUCUUCCGUGCCAUCGCCCUUUCCCAGCCUUUUAAACCAUCUCCAUGAAAUGCUGCCUUAAAUGGCCUUUCAAACUCAUUGCUUAUUGGGCAACAAUGUACCACACAUACAAAUGCUCACAGGAUUAAAAACAGGAAGUCAAAAUGCACAAGUAGUAUACUAAGAAAACACUUUGAAAAUAUCACUCUGAAAUCAAUAUACACAACAUACAAUGCAGAGGGUGCAGUGCUUAAUAGUCUUUCUGUGACUAAUCCAUCCUGUCCUGCCUACUGUGGAAUCCACAAACAAAAACAUGGUAUUACUUACUGUAACAGGAAAUUCCACAGGGAAAAACAGGAACUAUGGACAGAUGCCGGGCCUCAUUCCUGCUUCAUUUUUUAAGUGUUCUUCAUGUGAAAAAUGUCGGACGCUGCUGAUCAGUCCACAUAGAGCGUCAUCUAUUUAAGCAGAAACAAGUAAAGUGUUAAAGUUAAAUCUUUUAUCAUAAUUAAAUCUCGUUUGUAAAGGACGCCAGUCCCUCCUGGAGCUGAACCUGAUGCUACACAGAAAAUGUUCCACUUACAGCUGAUUAAAAAAAUACAUUUAAGAUAAUUAUACAACAGAGCAAUAAAAAGGUUUUGAUACAGAAAAGUGGGCUUGAUGUAACAUAUGAAUACCCACUUAAAGGUUUGUAUUGACCAUUGGUAAUUAUAAUGCUUUAAAAUGAGCCUUAUUAGAUGGGAUAGUCUGAUUUAUUGAAUUUUUCUCCUGAGGUUUUCUUAUGUGGUUUGAAAUCCUGAUGGUGGUAAGAAGUUCUAUCUAGACAUGUUUUUGUGGCGGCAGAGUUCAGAAGGAAGCUCCUAGGCAAGGAUCUGUAGAUCCCCCACCUCCUAGUGGCUGGCACUCUAUUGCCACAUUUACGCCACCCCUCUGAAACCGAUCCGUGCCGAGAUCGGACCGAGCCUGGAUCAGUUAACCGUGCUGAGCUUGGUUCCUUACGACCAUUUACGCAUCACGCUAGCACGGUUCCUUGCCUCCUAUUGGUGGUCCACGAUACUACAGCUCUCAAGGCGGGAAUAACGCAACAAAAAGGGUGGCGCUCAUAACAUUCAGGAACUUAUGUGCCUGGAUUGCGUCCUCCGCCAAAAUUUAAAUGAGAGCCUCAGUCUCUGCAUAAUCCCAGGUCGCACCACGCUCUUUUAAAGCCAUUUAUUGUGAAAAGGCUUAGAAGAAGUUCGUGUUGUGGACAGAUGAAGAGAGCUGUGAAUUACAAAGCCGGACAUGGCGGAAAACCUGUGAAAUGAGUCAGCUGACUGUAAAUAGGGGAUGAUGUGGUCUGCUCAUGCGCUCUUUGUUAUCAGAGAACCGAGCUACAACUGAGCCGUGCUGAGCCCUACUGUUUAACUAGUACUAGAUCUACCGCUGUUCAGUUGUGUCUGGCAUGGUCCAGUUCAGUUGCGUUACAUUGACACUCAACAGUUAUCUCGGCUGCCGUGCUUUGACUGUUCUUAGCGCGGUUUCAAAAGGGUAGUGUAGAUGGGGCUUAGGACAACCAAGCGGGUGAAAUAUAGUGUAAUCCUAAAUUGCUGUAGGUGAGGGUUUAGGGUUAGGGCUAUUACUGCACAAUUAAUUUCACUGUGCUGCUUGGACUCACCUGCAUCAGUAGUUUGGCAGAACAAACACAUGGCAUAGAGUUGACUUGUUGACUCCACAUCUCCCACCUCUACCCCAAGCACCAUUACCUGCAAAAAUAAGGAGCAAAAAGGGCCAGUCUUACCUCAGCCUCAUGCACCGUAACAUUCAGAAUACAAUUUAACUGUUGAAGAUUAUCUACUAAAGACCGUAACAGGAUGAAUACCUGUCUCCCAACUGCUUUAAAUUGGAAUUGAAAAUGAAACCCUUACUCUUAGUUUCUCGCUUUAUCUGGGGACGGGUCAUGGGGGCAACAGUCUCAGCAGAGACUCCCAGACUUCCCUCUCCACAGACACCUCUUCCAUCUCUGCUGGGGGAAGCCCAAGGCGCUCCCAGGCCAGCCGAGAGACAUAGUCCCUCCAGCGUGUCCUGGGUCGUCCCCUGGGCCUCCCCCCGGUAUGACGUGCCUGAAACCUCUCCUGAGGGAGGCAUCCCAGGGGCAUCCGAAAAUGAUGUCCGAGCCACCCAAGAAAUCGGGGCACGUGAUGCUCCCCGGUGUAGAAAAGCCAGGACCCCACCCUGGAGCCAGUCUGUGGUUGGGGUUGGUCGGAGAGAGCCUGGUGGUCUGGUUCUCAUGGUACACGGCCAGGCCCAGCCUGAAGUAAUGACACAAGGCCAUCCCCCAGUGGGCCCACAAACUUUAGGGGGAACCAUGAGGGACAGGUGCAGAGAGGAUUGGGCAGCAAUCAGAAUCGAAAGGCCUCGUUGAUGCGCAGGCAUCUAAACUGAAAUUAAAACUCUAUUCAUUUAUUGAGGUCAAACUAAAGGAAAUUUGUGUUGUUUUUCUUUUUUGUAAAAUAUAUAAUAUAUAUAUUAUAUAUUUUUUUCAAUUCUAGAAACUGUUGGUGCAGUCUUAACCCAUCAUUGGCCCAAGCUGAGUAAAAUUCACGUUUUAAAGUUUAGGUUUGGUGUUAAAAAGAGAAUCCAACAACUAAUGGACAUACUUUUAUAAAAUAUAAUCAGAUGAGUAUCAUUUUGAAUCCUCAAACUGAUUCACCUUAAAUAUUGGCUCCAGGUGACUUCUGUGUGGAAAUGUAAUGAUUCAAAUUAUUCUAGUUGUUUUUUGUGUGAGAUUUUACCUCAUUCAAGGAGAGAAAUUCAAAGAGGUUCUCAGAUUGACUACUUACCUUCUAUCUUUUAUUACAUUAUAUAAUUUACUUCACUGAAUUAGUUCUUGUUUCCAACAGCAGCAAACCCAGUCCUCAGAUUGAAACGUUAUCUGGGGACACCUGCUGGUCAGAAGAGAAACUGCAUGAAAAAAAACAAAACAGGACACUUACAGUUUAACAUGUGAACCUUCCUCUGCAGAUUUUCUUACACAGAAUUGAGCAAACUAUGUUAAAAUAUAAAGACUGCAGAUCAUGCUGUUACUGUUACCUUGUUUUCCCUGCUGAAAGGACAAACCAUUUAUUCAAUCCAUCAAACUGCAGAUGGUGAUAAAAAUAGGAAGCUUCUGUAAUAAUUCAGUUGUCUUGUAGAUUUAAAAUAUUUUACAUAUAAAGGACAGAAAAUUGCAGUUUAAUGCGAAUUUAGAAGCAGGGAAAUAUUUUCUGUUGCAAUUAUGUUUUUCAUCAGUUAAGAAUAAAAAUACCUUUUAAGGUGGCAGAUUUACUGGCGCAAAUUUUGGAUCAAAUAUUUAAAAAUGAAACCGUCUCCUCAUUAUAUGAUCAUAUUUAAAUAGGCUGUUUCUAUUUGCUGAUGAUUAUUAAUUAUUAUGUUUUUUUUUUAUCUCAGUAAUUUCACUUUAAGACAAUCAAAAGAUAUUUAGUAAUAUGGAGGUGUGGAAAAUUGUAAAAUAAACCUCGUGAUUUUUUUUUUUUGUACUGCAGCAAUCUGUGAAAAAAACUUAGAAAUGUUAGAGAUAAGCCUAAAGUUGUACUUAAAAAUAAAAAUCUAAAAAGAUUUCCCAUCUGACCUUGUUGAAAAGGUCCAAUCGAAUUAUUUUAAUAGAACGUUUUUCCACUAGAAUGUUUUCACAUGCUUUAAGUAAAAAUUUGGGUAAUUUGGGAAUUUAGUUUCAAAAUUAAAUUUCUAGUUUCUGUUCUAUUUAAACAAGACGGGCACUGGAUCCAUUUGAUUUCUGUUGUUUUCACCUGUUCCAUUGUUGGUUUGAACCUGAAUAUUGCAAAGUAAAUCCAUAAUAUAUCUGUGCCAUUUUAUUUCUUCUUUAGUGUUUUAAUUUAUCUAGAAUUACAUAUUACACUUAAAUUUUUUGUGCAAAAUGUUUUGUUCUCUGAGUUGUCUCCUGUUGUCUACUGUCCAAAAAAAAGUCAUGUUUCUGUGAUUAUUUUUUUUUUUUUCAUAUUUGCAGGUACAGACUUUUACCAAAAACCUGCAAACUGCCUCAAACUUCAGUAUUCUUUCUUUCUUUUUUUUAUUUACUGGUUGCGACUUUAACAAAUUCUGCAAUUGAAGUCUUGCCUGUUGUCAAGGAUUUAAAGAUACGGUCAUAUCCUGUUUUAUUGCAGGGAAAAAAGCAAAUUAAAAUUGAUGCAUAUUUCUUCACCAUUGUACAAUAAAUGUCCCUUUUUGAUGCAACAGGAGCUUUUGAGAUAAAGGUUGCAAACCUUUCCCGUUCUUUGUGAUAAAAAAAAAAAAACUAAGAGUGUUCAUCUCAUAAUGCUGUAAAAGAAGAAAAAAAUCAAACCUGAUGCCUAGUUUCAGUAUUAAACACUUUAGAAGCAGUAGAAUGAAGUAAAUGUGCAGCACGACAGUCUGUCUACAUGUGCAGGAAAUAGAAACUUUAGUCUCGUGUGUAUUUAAUCUGCUGUUUGUUCUCUGCCUCCGCCGCUCAUGUCUCACUUUUCACAAUAAAACGAUUCACAGGAUGAUGCCGCUGUUUGAUAUGUGAAAACUCAUUUCAAUAAAAAAAAACAGGCCUACAGUAAGGAUCUAUAACAAAGUGUUCUUCACCUUGAGAAACUUAAAACUCCUGCUCUGAGACGGUAAAACAUUCUGAUUUUCCCACAGUCAUUGAUCUCCACAUGGGUUCAUCUCAUUGUUCCAGUCUGAUCGAGGGCUGAAAUCACUACUCUCUUUUAUCUGUAAAAAAAAAAAAAAAUAGUUUUUUUUUUUUUUUUUUACUUGAAACGCAGCACUGGUGAGAGACAGGAUGUGGACACACCAUUCACAGCUGCCUCCAAUUCCUGAUUUCUGUUAAAUAAAAAUGUGACAAACAGAAUAAAAUAGUAUAACAUAAA